AUGGCGUACCUGGAUGGGGUCCUGGAUCAUGAAGGGCACAUGAUGGACAAAGUGGUAAAAUCCGAAAAAGCCCAGAGUGUGGUCAACGGAAAUGAGCCUGUUCCUGCAGCAGAUGCAUUAAAAACCAGUGGGAAAAUGCUAGAAGGUGGAAAGAAAUCUAACUCGCUCCAGAAAAGCAGAGGCGCUUCAGAUAUGAGUGUGGUUGCGAAGGGCGAACUGCAGUCCACCAUGCUAGAAGGACAUGGGGCCGCCCCGCCAGACCUGGAUCUUUCUGCCAUUAAUGAUAAAAGUAUGGUCAGAAAGACUCCACAGUUACAAAAAACAUUGUCACAGCAAAAUGAUUCAAGUUCAUUUUCUUCCUCACGGAAAAAGAGCCCAGAUUUAUCUGAAUCCAUGGAUAUGAUGGAAUCACAGACAUUGCUCCUCACAUUGGUGACUGUCAAGAUGGAGAACAGCCUCUCCCAGUUGGAGGAGAAGGCGGAAAACAACCUGUUGAACGUGUGCCGAGAGCAGGAGAAACUUCAGAAGAAGGUGCAGGAGCUGAGGCGCAGACAGCUGCUCGGGCAGAGGACAAGGGAGCUGCUGGGCACGCUGGACGCGCAGGCUGAGCUGCUCGGCCCUUUCGAGGCGCUGGCUGGACUCUUUAAGGAGCAGUAUAGGACCUUUGCAGCAGCCCUGGACUCCACACGGCAUGAGCUGCCUGUGACGGCCAUUCAUCUGGAAGGCGGCAGCCAGCAGUUCCUGGAUGACCUGCAGAAGGAGCUGGUCACCACACGCUGUCUCCUGAGUGAUCUGGGGGCCAACUUCUCAGAGGAGAGUGUGAAGGCACUGGACUUCCUGAGUGAACUCAAGGAUGUGACCGUGAAGAAGGACCUGGAGCUCCAAAGGAGCUUUGGCCAGGUGCUGGAACUUUCUGCCGAGGUGAGCAAGGAGGCAGCCUUAAUUAACCAGGGUGUCUGGGAAGAGGCCCAGGGCCCCAGGGUCCUGAGCCAGUGGUACUUCCAUCACGAGGGGGACUGUGGAGAGCCUCGAGGAGAAGACUGUCAGAGCAGGCCCCUCCUGGGCCACAGUGAGCCAUGUGCACUGUGA